AUGUCUUCGAUAAAUCGUUCGAUGGCAUUCGAUCUACCAAAUCAAUUUGAAGAUCUACAUAAAGAACUUACUACUGGUUCUUAUUAUGUACAAAAUAUUCUUGAUCUUGCUGAUAUUAAUACACGUUUACAAAAUGUUUCACAAGUUCAAGAACCAAGAGAAUUACUUAAUAUAUUUCCAUUAUUCUACAGUAUUGCCAUUCAUUUUGAUAAAGUAUCGAUUACUGGACGUUCUCAAGCAGUUGAAAUCUUACUUCAAUUAAUAUCACUUGAAUUGAUUGACGUUCAAAGACAAAUUCAUCGUGGUCUUUCAAUUGAUGGUCGACAUUUUCAUUUAAAUAUUAUUAAAAUGCUUUCAUGUCUUAUUGCUGAAUAUAUUAUUCGAUUUGAUAAUGACCAAACAAAUAAAUCACCAGAUGUUGAUAUGCCUCUAUCGAAAAAAUGCAAAAAAGCUAAAGCAUCGAAAACUAAUGGAAAAUCAAGUUUAACAUCUGAUUCAUUGAGAGAUAAAUGUUUCAAAAGAUGUGUUACUAAACCAUGUUAUCAUUUAAUACGUCGAACAGAUAUUGCAAAGAAUCCAAUUGUAAAAGAAAAUCUUCCAUUAAUACUUACGAUUAUGAUUAAUAAAUUUGAACAUGCACGAGAAGCUUCUAUUCAAUUUAUUCAAGCAGUUAAACUUUAUAAUAGUAAUUCAAGUUUAUUGAUUGAUGUUCUUAAUUUACUUUUAACUAAUUAUCAAGAUACAUCAUUAGCUAUUGAAUUUUUAAAAGAAAUUCGUGAAACUAAUUUUGUUGCUGCACAAGCUGAUAAUGCAUCUGCUAAAACCGUGGCUACAUUUAUUAUUGAUAUGGCUAGACUUGAUCCAGAUAUUAUUCGAACACAUAUUGAUCAAAUAACUGAUCUUUUAACAGCUGAAAGUCAUCAUAUUCGUGUUGCUGCUUUAACAGCAUUAUGUUCUGUUAUUGAAAAACUUCGUUCAUCUGAUGAAUUAGAUGAUGGACAAAAAAAAAUGCGUGAUGAUCUUUUAGAAAAAUUACGUGAUCAUGUACGUGAUAAACCAGCAUUUGUUCGUCAACAUUGUUUACAAUUAUGGACAUCACUUGUAAUACAAAAAAAAGUUCCUGUUAAAGAAUAUCUUCGAGUAUUUGAACUCGGACUUGAUCGAUUAAGAGAUAAAGCUUGUAGAGUUCGAAAAGAUGCAGUAACACUUGUUAUGCAUAUGGUUCUUAAUAAUCCUUAUUUUGUUAUUGAUUCAACUCGAGCUCAAAUUGAAAAAGGACAAAAUGAUGCUAAAACAAAAUUAGUUGAACUUCGUCAAGAACUUGAAAAAUUAAAUAAAAAUAUAAAAGAAGAUAAAAAAAUGGAAGAAAAAAAGUCUCAAUCGGAUGAUGAAGAUAGUGGAGCAGAAGAUAAAACUAUUGAUGAAGAUGAUGAAAUGAAUGUCGAUAAUAAUCAAGAAAAAGAAAUAGAAGAGAAUAAAGAACCAAAUGAAGAUCAAUCUCUUCAAGAAACUGUAAACUGCAUUAAAAUUGAAGAACAAAUAAUGCGUGUCGAAGAUAUUGUUACUUUUUAUAGAGAUGGACUUCAAUUUAUGGAUUUAAUUGAACAAGCAAAUGGGCGUGUUGCUAAUUUAUUUAAUUCUCGAACAUCAGCUGAUUUUAUACAAGCAAUUGAUUUUUUCGUUAAUCUUCGUUAG